UAACCCCCACAUAAUUAUAACACAACCCGCCCGCGGUGCAUGAACUUUGAUGGACCUCAGGAAAUGCAAAUGGUGUUGGUGGGGGCAGAUUUUGCACGUCAGUACCUGUACAUCGUACAGUUUGUGUGAAUGUCCGAUACCCAGUUGUCCCAUCUCAGUCAUGACGGAAAUACACUCGCCACCCGGAAUUAUUGAACCCCUCAAUUCAUACAGCAAGCAUUCCACGUAAACCUAAAAUUUGAUUUUCUACGAUGAUGUAAUUGAUGCAUCAAUAAUCAAGAAAGCAGAUUGGCCCCGCCCAUUUGAUCCUUUUAUUACUUUAUUUUUUUUUUUGUGGGUUUCCUUUCUUGAUUAAUAUCUCGAGAGAAACAAAGCUGCAAUGGUAAAUUGCAGUUACCAGAGAAAAAUAAAAAGAAUCAGAUUUUAAAAAAACGCAUAUUCAUAAAUGUAGGAGAAUGAGUGGUCCAUGUUUUAUUCAGUUCAAGUUUCAACGAUUUUCUGAAUAUAAAUGAAUCAAUGUUGAUUGAUUUGAUUUUUGCGUAAACCUUAGUGUAUAUAUUGAUGGGUAUCAGUCACUGAGAUGGUAGAGUGUAAAGGGGGGUCAUAGAGUUCAAGAAAACACCUUUUUACUGCUCCUACCUCAGGUUUCUCUUGCUGUUGCGUUCGGCCUGAUGGAUGUGAAAUCGGGGCAAGAACCUCUUCUGUCGAGGAAAGAGGAUGUUGUCGGCUGCGGCAAGAAGAGGUCCUUUUGGGUUUCAUCAGCGAAAGUGAUUCUGAGAGUGGUAAUGUGGGUGAUUUUCAUUACAUGGGCUGCUUUUAUUUUCCUGUAUCCAUCUGAUUUUGUGACGGAGUUGUACCACAAAUGGCGUCAAGCAACGGAAGGAACUCUGUUUGGGAUCACAGGAAGUGUGUUUCUGCUUUUCAGUGGCCCAAUUCUCCUCAUUGCUAUUCUUGGCUCUGCAUAUAUUGUUCUCGUUGGAGAAGAGGAAAUUCAUGAGAAAAAAAGUUCAAAGUUUCCACGCUUUCGGUUGUGGACAUUCCCGGUUCUUGUGGAUGGACCUUUCGGAGUAGUCUCGGCUGCAGAGAUGAUCGGGAUCGUGCUCUUUACUGCAUACGUUGUCUGGGCCUUUGCUGCCUAUACUGUGAAGAACAGUGAGCUUGUGUCCUGGUUUCAUGUGCCCUCAAAAGAGAGGAGCAUCUUGAUGCUGGAACUAGCAGGUCUUCGAUUGGGGAUGAUCGGGCUAUUUUGCACCGCCUUCUUGUUCUUGCCCGUUGCAAGGGGAUCAGUUCUUCUCCGGCUUAUAGAUAUCCCCUUUGAGCAUGCUACAAGAUAUCAUGUUUGGCUGGGACAUCUGACAAUGUUGCUGUUUACUCUCCAUGGCCUUUUCUAUGUGAUUGGAUGGGCAAUUGAGGGCCGCCUCGCCCGAGAACUGAUGGACUGGAAAAACAUAGGUAUAGCUAAUCUUCCAGGAGUUAUCAGCCUUCUAGCUGGUCUACUGAUGUGGGUGACAUCACUUCCUGGAGUGCGACGAAUCAACUUUGAGUUGUUCUUCUAUACCCACCAAUUAUAUGUAGUUUUCGUUGUCUUCUUGGCCUUGCACGUCGGUGAUUUCCUCUUCUGUUUUGCUGCUGGAGGAAUAUUUCUGUUCAUGCUCGAUCGAUUUCUCAGAUUCUGCCAGUCCCGGAGGACAGUUAAUAUACUCUCUGCUAGAAGCUUCCCAUGCGGAACUCUGGAACUAGUUCUUUCCAAACCAGCAAAUCUGCACUACAAUGCUCUGGGAUGGAUUUUUCUUCAAGUUCGUGAAUUAUCUUGGCUUCAAUGGCAUCCUUUUAGUGUCUCGUCUAGUCCUCUUGAUGGAAAACAUCAUCUUGCUGUCCUUAUAAAGGUUCUUGGUGACUGGACCGGAAAGCUGGACAGACUUGUCUCGAGUGCUUCUGAGAAGGGAACUGAGACGGAGCAUCUCUUGCAACGUUAUCCAAAAAUAACAGCUUCCGUGGAGGGACCUUAUGGUCAUGCAUCGGCAUAUCACUUGACGUAUGAGAACCUCAUAUUAGUCGCAGGUGGAAUUGGAAUUUCACCUUUCCUGGCAAUCUUGAGCGAUGUUCUCCACCGUCUCAAGGAUGGAAAACCUUGUAUGCCGAAAAAUAUACUGAUAGUGUGGGCAAUCAAAACGUCUGAUGAGCUUCCUCUUCUUCACACAGUCGGCAUGGAAUCCAUCCUUCCAAAUUUCUCCAAUUCUUUGAACCUAGAAAUUCAAACUUAUGUCACUCGAGAAUCACAACCUUCUCUGGAAGAGGGUAAAGUAAUAGAGCCCGUCAACUCUGCUGUUUUCCCCGCCUCCAAGGGAUGUGGAAUGUCUGUGUUGGUCGGCACUGGAAACAUAAUAUGGUCCGGGAUAUACGUGAUCGUGUCUACAGUUGGUUUGGUGAUUACAUUGGCUUUGCUAGAUGUCUUUUACAUAAACCCUUAUCAUGUGUCUGCCUGGUGGUACAAGGGACUUCUGUUCACUGCAUGCAUGUCCGUGAGUGUUCUCAUUUUUGGAGGUCUGGUAAUUGGUUUAUGGCAUCACUGGGAAAGAAAAACGUCCUCGCAUGAAGGUAAGAAAUCCAUAGAGAACGGCACUGUGAAACAGAAUGAGCCGAAGAUGCACAAGGAUUCCAGCAAGGAACAAUACAUUAGCGCUACUCGGUAUGGUCAGAGACCGGACUUCAGAGGAAUUUUUGAGACAAUGUCAGACCGAUGGGGCAACGUCGAUAUAGGUGUUAUACUCUGUGGGCCUCCAGCUCUUCAGACUACUGUUGCUAAGGAGUGCAGGACACAGAACCUGAAGCGUCGAGGCAAUCAGGCUAUCUUUCAUUUCAACAGCCACAGUUUUGAUCUGUAGCUUCCUCUGAAGUACUUCCUAAGUGCCUUCUACUUCCAAUGGGAUGAUAGAUCCAAACUUAUUGUAAUAGAUUAUAGGUUCAUAGUAGCUCAAACCGCAUAUAGUUAUGUACAAUACGAUGUAUAUGAUACAUAUAAUGAUUAAUGAAUAUUGUAUUGCCUGUA